AUGACAUAUUACUCGUUGCUUUUGGUUUCAGCAUCAAGCCUGGAAUGCUUUGCAUGUGUAAGCAAAAAGUCCUGGGGCGACUGCACUUCAACCAAGACCCAGUGUUCCUCUGUUGAAGAUCAGUGCAUUAAAGUCCACUUCAUGGCCGGUGGAGUAAAAUCUUUUCAAAAAGGUUGUGCACCCAAGAUAACCUGCGAAAGUGCUGAUAAUCCGAUCUGCAGGGAAGGCACUGGUGGCUCGGCCACGUGUGAUAUUUCCUGCUGUGACACAGAUAACUGUAACGCAGGCUCAAUGAUUGCAGUCAGCAGUCUCCUGCUAUUGGCGUGCGCAGUAGCAUCACUAUUGGUUCUUGUUCAGGCUUGA